CCUUCGUGUACCACAUCAAAACCCAUGUUGUAAUUCCAAUUUUACCCUUUAUACUGGUAAACUACAGCCGCAUAUCUGAAUAAUCCGUAUAAGAAAGAACCGAAAAGGGGAUCUUCCUGAAAGCAUCAGAAUCCUUCUUGGAAAUUAUUCUUAUUUUUCAAUCUCGUCUUCAAAUAAAUGCAUUCUUGAUUAUGUCCAAAUCUUUAAUCGUUAUUUCAAUCUAAUUAAUCACACAACCCCAAUAAUCCCAAAUUAAAUUUAGUCCAAUUUCUGCUUUUCAUCCAUAAAAAUGGCGAAUUACCGUGAUCCAUCGUUUUCUGAUUUCCCAGAAGACAUUCAAUUAUGUAUCCUUUCAUUUUUAGCACCUGCAGAAAUCUCCACUUUCGCUUGCACCUCCAAACGAUUCGGUUCCUUAUGCCGAAACGACAGUAGUAGAUUAUGGUACUCCAUGUGCGAUCGAAAAUGGGGUUUCAAAACCCAGAUUAAUAAAUGGGGCGAUGGGAAAAUCGGGUUUAAUUUACUAUAUAAAAUGUUGUCGGAGUACGAGAGUUUAAUCGGAUUUUGGCGUCGAAGUGGGGGAAACUCCGGAGAAGGAGGAAUCUCUGGUGAUGCUCCGUUGGUGUUUUUCGAAUGGGGGGAUUCGUGUGUGAUAGGGUCUAGGGUUACCCCUUGUAAGGAUGGUUCUUAUAAUGUUAUUAAGUCUCCGUUUAUUUGGUUGAGUUUAUCUAGUGAUGGGCAGCCAUUGAAUUACCUUAAGAACGCCCCCCAAAAGAAUUCAAAUCCGGGUAUGGAUAUGAUCCAAGUGGAUGUGAAUUUCAUGGGGAAAGGUUUUGUGGUGUUGGAGGAGAGUAAUUGGAAUUAUGGGAAAUUAGGAAGUUCACCUGAUGCAAAUGGUAAUGGGUAUAAGAACUUUGAUAAUGUGGUUAUGGGGAGCUCCGAGAUGGAAAUUGGGUCACCCCCGGAUCAGAUUAUGUCGGAUAUGUAUCAGCAUUAUGCUAAUAGGAGGAGUCCAGGGGCGGGUGGGGUGCGAGCGUGGAGGCGGCAGAGAAGGAGGGAGAAAGAGAGGCAAGUAAGAAGGACAUUGGAGCCCGAAUAUCUUGUUAAGCUUGAUUGCUCUCCUACUCGAACUCGUCCAUUGCAGGGUCUAUGGAAGCUAGCAUGUUUUUUGGUGCCUCAUAGAGCUGCUCUGCUUAGCUGAGAUUAUCUUUCUUGCUGCAGGCUAUUUGCGACGACACGAGUCUUGAUUUCUAUCAGGUGGUGUACGAUGACCUUGGAGGUGUUGUUUGUGUAAGAGUUAGGGACUUUGUUAACUCAUCCUCCGGUUUUACACCUCUGUUUUGGACUCAGAACGCAACAUUUAUUGAAUCUCCUCUAUCUCCCGAAGAAGACUACGUGUACAAUACACGUGUGCAUAUACGGCCUAUUGCCGAAACAGAAUAUGAUUCGAGUGAAAACGCACCUUCACGUAUCAUGCACGUCAACUCAAGUUGGAAUGCAGGCGGAAGGAUAUGGCAAUAUGUUGAUGGGACAUUCGGGUUUGGAUUUUUCUCGAACAAUUUUAUUGUCGACAUGAAGCUUAUCGCUCAAGAUGGUCUUAUUCUCGAUACCACUGAACUUUGUAGUGGCUGAUGAUCUAUUCUCUGGGUUCAUUUAUGUACAGAUUUCAAACAAAUUUAGGUAUAUUUAGGAUUCACAGCUUGUGAUUCUGGCUGUUUUAACAUAUUUUACUCCUAUCAAGUUCUUAAGCUGUAAAAUAUUCCUGUAUGGAUGAUCAGGAGCUGUUUCUUAGUUCCCUUUUACCUUACCAUUCUUUUCUUCAUUAUCAGUUGUGAGAUAAACGAUUCUAAACAAACCCAUCAUGUAAUAAUGUCGUUUACUGUUAAUGUGAUACGAUAACAUAUUUUAUUGUA